CGCGUCGCGAAGCGAAGCGCCAUGUCGCUCGACGCGCGCCAGCGAUGCGUGUUCGAGGCGAAACUCGCCGAGCAGGCGGAGCGACACGACGAACAAGUGAAGGCGAUGCGGGCGCUGUGCGCGCUCGAGGGCGUCGACGCGCUCACGACGGAUGAGCGAAACAUGCUGAGCGUGGGGUACAAGAACGUGAUCGGCGCGCGACGCGGGUCGUGGAGAAUCUUGAACUCGAUCGAGGAGAAGGAGCGAGGGAAGGGACACGAGGCGCAGGCGGAAAAGGUGAGGGGGUAUCGAACGCGCGUGGAGAAGGAGUUGAAGGAUAUUUGCGCCGACGUGUUGGAGGUGCUCGACGGGCGAUUGUUGAGCAAGGCGUCGGGGGAUGGGGAGAGCGUGGUGUUUUACCUGAAGAUGAAGGCGGAUUACUAUCGCUACCUCGCCGAGGUUUCGAGCGGUGAUGAACGCGAAGAGGCGAGUAAAAACGCGGACGAGGCGUACGCGGAGGCGACGACGAUGGCGAACGGGAAGGGUUCGACCGAUGGAUUACCGCCGACGCACCCCGUGCGACUCGGUUUGGCGCUCAACCACUCGGUGUUCCAUUACGAAAUCGGCAACGAUUCGACCAAGGCGUGCGAACUCGCCAAGACGGCGUUCGAGGAAGCCAUCGCCGAUUUGGACACGCUGACGGACGAAUCUUACAAGGAUUCCACCUUGAUCAUGCAGCUUUUGCGCGACAAUCUCACGCUGUGGACGAGCGACGCGAACGACGACGACGACGACAGCGACGAAUAAGACGCACCGCGAAGCAUACGCACUAAUCUA